GAAAAAUACAGAAAAAAUUACACGAAAAUACAGAAAAUUACACAAGAGAAAUUAAUCAAUUUUGACAUUCACCACUAACCUUUCGUCUUGUGCUGAAACAAUCAUUCACAUAGGAGAAACCAGAACAAGAGAGAGGGGAAGGAAGGUGGUCUCCUAGGGCUCUCGGAAGAUCGAUUCCUCGGCGGCGUAGAGUUGUCCGUCCGGUGCAGGGGGGAUUCCGGCAAGCUCCUGACCUCUCUCUCAACAAGAGCCCCGUUUGAAUUAUGGCUAUGUACAUUCGGGUCAAGCGGAUCAAGACGACGUACUUCAUUCAAUGUGAUCCAACUGAGAAAGUUAUUGAGAUUAAGCAGAAGCUGAAUGUCCUGACUGAGCAAGCAGUUAAUGAUCAGAGGCUGAUCCUUAUGCCGUCGGGGGAAGUAUUAGAGGACUCCAAGUCAUUGGCAGAUCAGAAGGUUGAGAAUGAUGCUGUAGUGGCUCUCACCUUGCGGAAAGAUGGCAAUGAGUUUGAAGAAGUCAACAUUGUUCGCCCAGACGAUUUCUACCAGUCUCGUGAUGCAGAAGGUGGCAGCUGGUGACCCAUCAAUGGCCUUUGGCUCUGGAGAACUGCUCAGCUUUGCAAUGUGAGGAGUGUAGGUCUAGUGGUGUAGAUUUCAGAUUUGAUGCAACAGCCUUGGAUGUUUGUGUUUGUUACCACCGACUUGUUUCUGGUGAGUGAAUGCAACAUCGAGCAUUUAGGAAGUUAUAUAAUCAAGAGUCGAGCAAUGAACAAUGUUUUGAGUUUAUUGCUAAUGAAAAGCGUGAACCUAAAGAUACAUUUAUAUUCCCAAUUCAUAGCUUUUUCAUCACU